AUGUUGGAUAAAAGCAGCUUUUCAUGGACUGACAACUGGGGUAACGAACCAUUUGCUUGUCUGCUGAUAACAUGCACUCGUACAAUGAUUCUUGGAUUAUGUGCAUUACUUGGCAUAGCUUUUCGUCAGGAUGCUGUUGGUGUUUUCACCUGUUACACGGAUGAUAAUGAUGAAAUGCAUAAUGUUUUUCGAGUUUCUCACUCAGAUUUAUCACCGAUGAGUAUCGACGAAUCGAACAAAAUGAUUGAUGAAGAAUUUCUUUGUCCACUUGAACGUUUAACUGUGAUGACUAUCGAUUAUUAUCCACGAUAUCAACCAAAACCACUAGCAAAAAUAUAUUCAUUUGUAAUUAAAAAGAUUUUAGGUUUACAAACUAAACCGAAUGUUUAUAAACCAUUUUUAACAGAAAUUGUCACUCAAGUACUUAUUCGUUGUUGUUCACAUCAGUUUAAAAUCUUUUAUUUAAGAAUAAUUAGAAAAUUUUCAACCAGAUAA